AUGCCUGCGACUGCAAAAUUACAUCGUUCAGAAUCACUCGGACCAAAUUUGCAAUCUCGUCUUGAAGCACUUGAAGUCGCGAUGGGUGUACGUCUCAAUGUAGCUAAACGACAAGGACGCCAUUCACUAUCAAAUACUGCAAGUUCUUCACCAAUGCAACUUUCUCCUACUUCAUCAUCAACAACGACAAUAAACGCAAGUUUAUCUAAUUCACUUUCAAUAUCAACUCGUCAUAAUAUUCCACUACGUACUGGCCAAGGUGUACAACGAUCGGCUUCAUCAUGUGAUGCUGAAAAUCGUCCCGGUCCUAUAAAACGUCUUAAACCGUCGUGCCCUAACGAAAACUCAUCAGUACUAUCAACAUCAUCAACUGUUGCUGCUAUUGCAACUAUAAAAAAAUAUCCACCAUCUGUUCGCCGGCCAUUACCAAUACCAAAUAUGACACCAACGCGUCCAAAUCAAUCUAAACAAUCGACUCCAAUUAAACAACGUUCAUCACCAAUGGAUACAUCAUCACCACGUUUAUCACGUUCAUCAACAGCAAGUAGUAAUAGUUCAUCAAAUAGUUCAAAUUAUCGAACGCCCAUUGGUAGUAUUUCACCCAAAAUUCCUGCAAGUCCAUUACCAAAACAAUCAUUAAACAGUUCAACUCCAAAUAAAUCAGUCGCGCUUUUACGUAAAAGAGCACUAUCUACAUUUGGUGAACAAUUUUCUGAUGAUAUAAUUAAAAUAAAUUUACUAUGGAUUGAUUUGAAAGAACUCGACGAUGACAGCCGUUCGGAAGUUAUUUUACAAUUUGGUUCAAUAGAAAAUUUUCUUCGUGAACAAAAUUUAUUCUUUACAACACAACAACAAUUAAAACUCGCAUCGAAAAACAAGACGAUAAUUAAUCGAUCACGUUUGCAUUUAUCUAUUAUGAAGAAGGAUCGACUAGAAUUACUAUAA